AUGAGGAGCGUGAAACCGAGAGAAGACUACGACUCAGUAGAAGACCCUCAGGCCCAACCUGGAUGGAUGCCCGCAUGGAUGGCACCAGUGACGAUCGGCAAUGGACAGACUCGGAACCCGCAGCCGGUGCCAGCGCGAGGCGGCAGCCUUGGUAAACUGAACAGUAGAACAAGUCACAUGUAG